UAUCAGAGCAGUGCCUGUCAUGAGCAGAAGGAAGAGUAAACCUUAAAGAGAAACAGAGGAAUCACUUCAGCAGAUACCACCCUCUACAUCAACUACCUUCAGCGUUACAGAAGUGAAAAUGAAGUUCUCACGUGUGGCUCUCGCUGCUUUAGUCAUCAUCGCAUGCGUCUGCAUCCUCCAGACCGCAGCCGUUCCCUUCACACAGCAGACUGAAGAUGAGCAUCAUGUGCAGAACGAGCAUCUGAAAGAAACUUCACAGGAACAAACCAAUCCCCUGGCAUUCUUCAGGGUGAAGCGUCAAAGCCAUCUGUCCCUGUGCAGAUACUGCUGCAACUGCUGCCGCAACAAAGGCUGUGGAUACUGCUGCAAAUUCUGAUCCUGCGGGCGUUUUACACAGUCCCAUGUGCUCAGGAAAAGAGUUUCUUUGAAACAUUAACUUAUUUGGACUUUUGUCUUCCAAAAUCCUGCUGAAAUGAUUUUCCUUGUCACACCAUGUUGUUUGAAACGGGUAUAAAUGCAGGCUGUCUCCUCGCAUACUGCUUUGUUAAAAGUUGCAACUACUGAAAUUUAACAAUAUGAGGACUUACCUACUUUUGUUAAAGCUUUCAUGAUUUUGUAUAUUUUAUACAUGUAUAUAUUUGUAUGCCUAUAUGUACAAUGAUUGUUUAGUAAAUGAAAAGCUUUUGGACAUUUGUAAUAAAAUGAUUUAACGUUU